CGAAGUGGGUGCGCGGAAUUGGACUCGGCUUCAUCGGCUGGGAGCCUGGGAUGCGGAUGCGCUCUCCUAUUAAAACCACGAGUGGAAGUUUUCUUCUCCGUCGUCACCUCCCGCUUCGCGAAACCACCACCCGUCCGUUUUCCUUUUCUUCUCCUCCCCCUCUGCCUCUGCCUUCGCCUUGCCCUUCUUAACAAUGGCUGUACAGGCUCAGUACCCUUCCAAUCUCUUCUUCCACGAUAGAGGCGAGCCGGAGAGGAAGGAGAUGGACCUGCCCAAGCCGUCGCAGCUCGCGGGAGUCUCGCCGGCCGUUUAUUUCGCCAGUGGCGGAGCCAGUGGGAAUCGGAGGAAGCGCGGGCGGGAAGCCAUGGCGCCGCCGCCGCCGGUCAAGGAGGAGUACAUCAAUCUCUUCACCCUCCAGCCGCAGCAGACGACGCCGUUUUACAACAUGGCGCAGUUCCACCAAAACAGGGUCGCGUCGUCGUCCCCAUCCCCUGCCCCGAUGACGUGCGUAUCCACGGGACUCCGAUUGGCAUUGGACGAGCAGCAGCAGCAGCAGCAGAGCAGGCAGAUUAAUUCCUUGUGUUACGCGCCGUCGCCCUCGCCGUCGCCGCUCGCCUCCUUCUCCGAUGAGCUCGCGGGGCAGAUGAAGCAGCAAGCGGAGGACCUCGACCGGUUCAUCCGCGGCCAGGGCGAGCAGCUCCGGAGAGCCAUGGCCGAUCGGGUGCGGCACCACAACCGGGCGCUCCUGGUCGCGGCGGACAAGGCGGCGUCGCGCCGGCUGCGGGAGAAGGCGGCGGAGGCGGAGCGCGAGGCGCUGCGCGGCGCGGAGCUCGAGGAGCGGCUCGCGCGGCUCCGGAGCGAGGCCGCCGCGUGGCAGGCCAAGGCGCUCUCGGAGCAGGCCGCCGCCGUCGCGCUCCACGCGCAGCUCCAGCAGGCCGCCGCCGCGGCGCGGGCGUCCUGCGAGGAGCUGCUGCUCGCCGGCGGCCCCGCGGGCCCCGCGGAGUCCUCGUCGUCGGCGUACGUGGACCCUCGCCGCGCCGGGUCGGAGCACCGCAGCGCGUGCCGCGCCUGCCGCGGCAGGCCGGCCUCGGUGGUGCUCCUGCCCUGCAGGCAUCUCAGCCUCUGCGGCGACUGCCUAGCCGCCGGCGACAUGGACGUUUCGUCCGGCCCCCUGGCGUGCCCCGUCUGCCAUUGCGUCAGGACCGGCAGCGUGGAGGCCAUCCUCUGCUGAGCUGGCUGGCCACCCGGGGUCGUUCAUCAUCAUCCCGGCCGUCCAUCUUGUGAGUCGUCCUCGAAGCAAUGCAACAGGGCGUCAUAGCUUAAUUCCAAAAUUGGGAAAAUAGACCUAAACCCGGAAACUUAGUUUUGUUUCGAUCUCUUGUUAAUAUUUUUCUUUCAACUUUUUCACUGCCAAAGGGGUUUAUUCCUCCCUUCCCGUGUUUUUCUUAGGAAGAAUUCAAUUGAUAAGUUCAUUGUUAAUACUCCUC